CCCAGGUGAGGUGUCGGUUGCAAGAAUCCUUACUCUAUACCCCGCAUUCGUUUAUUCUUCCACGACUUGGAAUUGACGGAUGUAGAACUACCGCCGCCGGCAUGGUACCUAGGUAGCUUCAUCGUCAUGCCACCAGCGAUAUCCCCACCUUUGUUGCGGAAGAUAUCGCAGGAGGUGCCGCUCGGGGGAGCUGUUUGCGAGAGGGGAGAGUGGCGAGAUUGUGGGAGAUGGCGAGUGUUGGGGUUUGGUAUAUAUAUUGGUUCUUGCCCCCCCUUUUAACUUGAUGUGUUUCUGUUACGGCUUCUCUCUGCGUUGUGCUUUUGUCAAUUGAAGUCGAUUCCUUACAUGACUCAGGAUGAAGCUCGUUAUACAUCUUCUGGGCGCUGUCGUCCUUGUGUGCUUUGCUGUUCAGACAUGUGCGCGCGCGAUUGGGGGGACGCCGAAGCUGUGGAUCAAGGACUCUACUCAGAAGCCUCUGCAAGAUAUUGUCACAUGGGACGAGAACUCGCUCUUCGUACGAGGAGAGCGUAUCUUCUUUUUUAGUGGAGAGUUCCACCCAUUCAGGUUACCGGUGCCGAGUCUCUAUCUAGACGUAUUCCAGAAGAUCAAAGCUCUAGGAUUCAAUGGUGUUUCUUUCUACAUCCACUGGGCGCUCUUGGAGGGAAAGCCAGGUGAGUUCAGCGCCGAAGGAGUCUUUUCGCUGGAACCUUUCUUCGAAGCGGCCACAAAGGCCGGGAUCUAUCUAUUGGCUCGACCUGGCCCAUAUAUCAACGCUGAAGUCUCUGGCGGAGGAUUCCCGGGCUGGCUCCAAAGAGUGAACGGCACUCUUCGAACCCGCGAUCCGGAAUAUCUGCAUGCCACAGAUUUGUACGCGAAAUCAGUAGGAGAGAUCAUAGCCAAAGCCCAGAUCACGAACGGAGGCCCGAUCAUCCUUGUCCAACCCGAAAAUGAGUACACCGGCGCGACCUCUGAUAUACACCCAUUCCCGGAUCCGGUUUACAUGCAAUAUGUGGAAGAUCAGUUGAAGGACGCUGGUAUCAUUGUGCCCUUGAUCAGCAACGACGCAUCUGCAUCCGGUGAUAACGCUCCAGGUCAGCCCGCUGCUGUAGACAUCUACGGACACGAUGGAUACCCCCUAGGAUUCGAUUGUGCCAAUCCGUACACUUGGCCAGAUGGGGACCUACCAACUACGUGGAGAUCCCUUCAUCUUCAGCAAAGCCCAAAUACUCCCUACUCCAUUGUGGAGUUUCAGGGGGGCAGCUUUGAUCCCUGGGGUGGCCUAGGCUUUGAACAGUGCUCGGUGCUUCUGAAUAACGAGUUUGAGAGAGUAUUUUACAAGAACGACUACAGCUUUGGUGUGGCAAUAUUCAACAUCUACAUGAUUUUUGGAGGCACAAAUUGGGGAAACCUCGGCCACCCAGGUGGUUACACCUCAUACGACUAUGGCUCAUCUAUCACGGAAGAGCGCCUCGUAACUCGAGAGAAAUACAGUGAGUUGAAGCUGGAAGCAAACUUCUUCAAGGUAUCACCGGCAUAUCUAGUGGCAGAGCGAGGCUAUGCAUCCAAUUCCACAUGGACCAGCUCGACUGCACUCACUGUCACGCCUGCGUUUGCGAAUAGCACUGCGUUCUACUUCGUAAGACAUGCGGCUUACAACUCGCUGGAAUCGACGAGCUAUAAGUUGAAUGUACAAACUUCGCGGGGGAACUUCUCGGUUCCACAGCUAGGGGGUAGCCUGACGUUGAAUGGACGCGACUCUAAGAUACACGUCAGUGAUUAUGAUGUUGGUGGGCUGAACAUACUUUACUCCACAGCGGAAGUCUUCACAUGGAAGAAGUAUGAUUCCAAAACAAUCCUUAUUGUAUAUGGAGGACCCAGCGAGACGCACGAAAUCGCUUUCCAGGGCUCCACCGCCACACUUGUUGAAGGCUCUGGACCUAAAAUCUCUAAGAAGAAAGACUACACCAUUGUCAACUGGGAGGUGUCUUCAGAUCGCAAGAUUGUCAAAGUCAACUCCGAUGUCUUUAUCUAUUUACUUGAUCGAAACUCUGCUUAUGACUACUGGGUGGUAGAUCAAGCUCUUCACAAUGCUUCCAAUUCCGUUAUCGUCAACGCAGGCUAUCUCGUAAGAUCCGCCACAGUCAAAGGAAAUACACUAGCUCUCGUAGGAGACUUCAACGCAACGACAACCAUUGAGGUCAUCGGAGGUGCGCCCAAAUCAUUGGCCAAACUUACAAUCAACGGACAUUCUACGCCCUUCAGAAAGGACAAACUCGGGGUAUACACUGCCAUUGUAACUAUUGAAAAGCCAAACAUCAACAUCCCAGACCUCAGCAAAUUAAAGUGGAAAUACCUCGACAGCCUCCCCGAGCUCCAAUCAACCUACUCCGACGCCUCGUGGACCUCCGCAGACCUCAAAACCACCUACAACACCCACCGCCCCCUAACCACCCCCACAAGCCUCUACAGUAGCGACUACGGCUACCACACCGGCACGCUCCUCUACCGCGGCCACUUCACCGCCACCGGCGCUGAGGAUACCCUCUUCCUCUGGACCCAAGGCGGCUCCGCCUCCGGCACGUCCGCCUUCCUCAACUCGACCUUCCUCGGCUCCUGGGCCGGCACCGACGUCGCCACAAACGCAAACAGCACCUUCACGCUGCCGAACCUAGUCGCCGGCAAACCCUACGUCCUCACCGUCGUCAUCGACAACAUGGGCCUCGACGAGGACUGGACUGUCGGCACCGAGUUGAUGAAGAACCCGCGCGGGAUCCUGAACUACGCGGUCUCCGGCCGCGAGCAGUCCGCCAUCGCGUGGAAACUGACGGGCAAUCUCGGCGGCGAGGACUACGCGGACCGCUCGCGGGGCCCGUUGAACGAGGGCGGUACGUUCGCGGAGCGGCAGGGGUUCCACCUCCCCGGCGCUCCCUUCGAGGCGUGGGAAGACAGCGCGGGACCGACGGCUGGGAUUGCCGCUGCGGGGAUUGGAUUCUUUGCUACGGCGUUUGAGUUGGAUUUGCCUGCUGGCUACGAUAUUCCGCUGUCUUUUGCGUUUACGAACUCGAGCGAUGAUGCGAGUGGGCGGGCGACGGCGUAUCGGGCGCAGUUGUUUGUGAAUGGGUGGCAGUAUGGGAAGUAUGUGCAUAAUGUUGGGCCGCAGACGAGGUUUCCGGUGCCGGAGGGGAUUCUGGAUUAUAAGGGGACGAAUUAUGUGGCGGUGAGCUUGUGGGCAUUGGAGGAGGGGGGAGCAAAGGUUGAGGGACUGGAGUUGGUGGUGGAUGCGGUGGUGGAGACGGGGUACGGAGGGGUGGAGACGGUGAAGGGGGAUACGUGGACGAAAAGGAAGGGGGCAUAUUGAGGGGCUCGGCAUGGGAAAGCUGCCAUGUAGGACAGGGGCAAAAGUAUGAUUUGUACAUUUGUGCAGGUUCUUGAAUAUGGUUAAAGCUACUCAAGCAGAGACAAAGAGGUGCACACAUGGCACACGGAGUUAUCACUGCCUGGCUUCAAUUGAAGAGUAGCCCGGAGAGUAAGAAGUCAGUCAGUUAAGAGGCAGUCUACUUUACGCUACUUAAAACUUGACAUUGUGCCUGGAUUUUUGAAAAUCUACGGAGGUACCUUAAGC